UGGACACGAGCGGGAGCAAGUGCCGCUUCCCCCUCUGGAUCGGCGGCCCCCACUGGCACUCCCUGGACGGCAGCACCACGCUCUCCGUCACCCGCAGGAACUCCACGCUCAGGCUCAACGGACACUCCUCCGCCGGCCCCGUCACCCACGCCUGCCUCGAGCCCUUCGCCCACACCGCCCGCUCCGCCACCUACGUCACCAGGGUCAUUCGCGGAUGCACAAGCGGAUACCAGUGUGUCCGGAUACUGGCAAGGGAUAUGCACGUCCUCGAGUUGCUAAUGGGGAGAGUCACCCCCGUGGCCAACGUCGCCUGCAGCCAGUACUUCUUCAACCCAAAUUCCACUGACUUCACCACCUUCGUCAGCGGCAACGCGGGCACCAUCGAGUGCCCGAGCACCGGCCGCUACAAGGUGACGAGCGGCAACAACGGCGACAGCGACAACAAGGAGAACCUGAACGUGGCGGCCUCGACCUCGCUGGCCAGCGGCGAGAGCGGCGUGGGCGGUGGCGGCGGCGGCGGCGACGGCGGCGGCGUGGCGCUCACCGACCUCAACAUGGGCGACCAGAACUCGCGCUGCGCCGAGGCCUCCUACAAGUCCCUCAGCUUCGGCUGCUCCAACCUCGACACGCUCGAGAUACAGACCACGUGCGACCGGGAAGUGUAUUCCUGCCACGGGUCGUGGGCGGAGGCGGGUCGCGAGUACGUCGUCGUGACGCCCACCUCCCGGAGCAGCAAGGGCGUGAGGCGGCUGUGUCUGGUGCUAGAUCACGGCGUGGGCGUCCUCUCCCUCGCCUCCUCCACCCACUCCUGCAGCCGGGACCUGACGCCCGGCCUCCACGGACACAUCGCGUUCAACACCACAAACGACGGCGGAUGCCACGACGUCUCACCCACCAACGGAAGCCCCGCCCCCUUGGGAAGCUCCCCGCUCUCAUUGGCGAUUGCCGUCAUGACGUCAUUGUUGAUGUCACGUGGGCUAGUGCUGUUACGAUGACCUUGAUGUGUGUGUGCUGUGUGAUAGAAAAAAAGGAAGCUUUAUGCGUGGUUCUGAAGCAGGACGAUCUUCACAAGCUCCGUGAUAAAGGCUGUGUUGGAAUCACAUGGAAAAAUGAGAUUGUCCAGGCAACGCAAGUGUUAAUUUUAUGUGUAAAGGAAGAAACGAAUAAAUGAUAAUAGUGAAACGGGGAAGUUCCCCCUCAAAAAACACACCAUCAAGUGAUUCCUGCUCAUCAGUAAUGUGUAUUAAGAGUGUAGAGUGAUAGUAGUUGAGUAGUGUACAUGUCAUGGUGUACAGUGUCCGUCGGUUAGUGUGGAUGUACAGUGUAUCCUUAGCAGUGUUCUCGUCUGCAAACUGCAGUAGAAGUUGACAUGUAAUAAACUUUAAACAGACUAAACAAUGUCCCGAUGAUGUUUCGGUGUCAUGAUGUACCAAAGAUAAUGCUUUUUAUCAAACAUGUAGCGCGGCCGCGUCCGCAAGGAGCAUCCACGUCGCGCGGGGGCUGCGUCCGAUGCCGGAGGGCUUCCGCGGGCCGGGCUUCGGGCCUUCGGAGGCCUCCCGCCUC